AUGGCUGACGACAACGAGCAACGGGACGACCGUCGAGACCCUCGAGAACCUCGAGAACGUCCCGCCGAGCAGCGAGAGCGCCCCGCCGAGCAGCGAGACCGCCAGGGGCAGUUGGAGCCCGAUCAUGACGUCGACCUGGACGACGUCGUGGACAUCGUGGAGGCCCACCACCAACGAUUGGCAGGCCAGCAUAGGCGGGGACGAGGACAACGAAGACCCAGGGGAGGUCGUGGCCGUCGCGCCCGGGGAGGUGGACGAGCCAGAAGAAUCAUGGAGUUCCGUGUCCGGGAGGACAUGGAUGUGGAGCAGGACGGGGUACCUGCCCGAAGACAGAGACUGCAGCGAGAGAGAAGAGUGCCACGACGUUUUCUUGAAGGUGGACAGGAGAGAGAAGCACAUGAAAACCAGGGGGCAGCGCAGGAGCAAGAAGAACCGCUGGAGGUUCUAGUCGGGGAACCAAGACGGGUGAGAAUCCCGGCAGCAGCACGACGACGUCGCGAGGAGGAGCAGGAUGAUGUGCUCCAGAUAAACUACGACGGAGACGAUGAAGACAUGGAGGAGCACCGGGAGCCACAACAACAGGCGAAUGACAACAAUGAAGAGCCACAGCAACAAGCAAAUGACAACAAUGCAGCGCUGUUCCUAAGGUUACUGGAAACUAUGGGCAGCAAGAACAAGAACAAGAAGUAUAAUGAGGUGCCAAAGUACAAUGGCGACACAGACUACUCCAUAUACCAAGUCCAGUUCAACACAAUGGCAGAAGCUAACGAAUGGACAACACAAGACAAGAGGACGGCGUUGCUGCAGGCACUCACAGGGAAUGCCACGGAUGUCAUAGCGAAUCUCCAGAGCGCGGAGGUGCCGCUUACUUUUGAAGCGCUGGAUGAGGCUCUUGUAAAGACAUUCAGCAAGACAGCGUCCAUGUGGGAACGCAAAAAGGAUUUCACGACAUUAAUGCAAGAGAAAGACCAGACAAUUCGGCAGUUUGCGAGGCAGGUGGAGCGCCUCGGGCGGGCGUACUUACGCAACAUGAAGGAGAGCGACAUCCAAGAGUCGCUGAUAGAGCGGUUCAUCAAGGGACUCGCAGACAAGAAGGCAGCAGGCCGGCUGGCAUAUACUGCGCUCCCAACAUUGGACGAAGCGCUCAAAACACUCAACAGAGGGCUAAGCCUUGAAAUUGAGGAGCCCCCGGCAAAAAGGAUUCGUCUAGCAAAGGCGGAAGAUACGGACAAAGAGGAAGAGAAGGAAGAGGACGCCAAAGUCAGCAUGGUCUAUCCGGACCAGGCUGCAGCAGGAACGUCGUCGGCGACACAAACAGGAGGAAGAGGAUCCCGCGGGGGAUUUCGCGGAGGAAGAGGAACUCGCGGAGGAUUUCGUGGAGGAAGAGGAUCCCGCGGAGGACGCGGUGGCUACAACAGUAGUGAUAAUGAUAAGCACAUUACAUGUAGGUUCUGUGGCAAGAUCGGGCACAGAAUGGCAAACUGUUGGCACAACACUGCUCAUAACGGCAAUCAUAAUAACAGCAAUGGUAAUGCUAAUAAUAGUAAUGGUAUGAAUUGUCACUCAUGUGGGAAACCGGGACAUUUUGCGAGAAACUGCAGAAACAAUAAAGGCAAUGCCGCAGCAGGUGGGUUCUCUAUGCCAAAUGUCCCGCCGGAUCUCUACAAAGCCACUGUGCAAUGGUUCCUGAAUCAGAAUAAGGGUAACAACGGGGCUAGCACUAGCACCGACAAAAAUGUACCAUUUGUACCUAGCAAGAAUCAGGAAAACUAG